AUGCUCCGCUUCCUCUCCAUCCUAGCCACGGUGCUCUUCCUACCCUCCCCAUCUCUCUCAACCGGGCUCCUAAUCCCCCUGUACUCCUACCCCGGCACAGACGCUUGGGACCCAAUCUACACCUCAAUCGCCACCUACCCCACCAUCCCCUUCUACCUAAUCAUCAACCCAUCCAGCGGGCCCGGGCAAACCACCUACCCAGAAGCAGCCUUCAUAACCAGCAUAGCAAAGAUAAACAGCUACCCAAACGCCCGCGUCCUCGGCUACACACACACUUCACGCGGCACUAGACCCAGCACCGAGGUCGAAGAUGACAUUGCCGCCUACGCCAACUGGUCCAGCUACAAAGAGCACAAUAUCGCGCUGUCCGGUAUCUUCUUUGACCAGGUCUCUGACGGCGAAGACGGCACCAAGCUGGCGUAUUUCCAGUCGAUGGCAGAGAUGGCGAAGAAGAAUGGGUUGGAGACCGUUGUGUUUAAUCCGGGGGUUAGGGUUGUGGGUGAUGUUGAGGGGUGGUUUAAGGCUGCGGAUCUGGUGGUUGAGUGUGAGGAUACUUAUGAUAAUUGGCUUGCGUUGGGGCCGGAGGAGCAUUUUGCUAAGGAGGGGGAUUACGGGAAGGAUGCUGUUAUUUUGAAUCGGACGCCGGUUGAGGCUGAUAUUGGGGGUGUUGUUGGGGUUGCGAAGGGGUUGGGGAUUGGGGCUAUUUAUCUUACCCAUGAUGAGGAUUAUAUGAGUUAUGCGUCGGUGCCGAAGGUUGCUGUUGCUAUUGCGCAGGGGAGGCGUAUUCCAAGGGCAGGGGUAUAG